AUGUACUUAGACAACGUCCUCUGUGUCACCAAAGGUGACUUUGAAGACCACCUUCAACGGCUAGAACUAUGUCUCCAACAGCUCCACAAAGCCGGCCUUAAAGUUAAUUUACCCAAAUCUGAGUUCGCAACUCAACAAUUUAAAUACUUAGGCUACUUGGUCUCGCGCCAAGGCAUUCGCCCUCUUGCUUCCAAAGUGGAAGCGAUUCAGCGGUUGAAACCCCCAAAAACUUUGAAACAAUUGCGCUUAUUCCUUGGCAUGCUCAAUUAUUACCGUGAUAUGUGGGAAAAGCGCUCACAUAUGUUAGCUCUAUUUACUGAACUAAUCAAAUCAAGCAAAAAAGGACGUCCAUUAGUAUGGAAACAAGAACACACAGAAGCGUUCGAACCUGUGAAACGAGUGAUUGCAAAAGCCACUAUGCUUGCAUUCCCUGAUUUCUCCAAACCUUUCACAAUACACACUGAUGCUAGCGGCUUCCAGCUCGGUGGAGUGAUUUCCCAAGAAGGAAAACCUAUCGCUUUCUACAGCAGAAAAUUAAAUCCUGCGCAAAGGAACUACACGACGGGAGAACGCAAAAUGUUGUCCAUCGUUGAAACACUACGGGAAUACCGCAACAUCUUGCUUGGUCGCAAAAUUAUUGUAUAUACCGACCACAAAAAUCAUACAGACCCAAGAAUCCAACGAUGGAGAUGGAUCAUUGAAGAAUUCGGGCCAGACAUAAGACAUAUCGAUGGAUCUGCCAAUGCGAUCGCCGAUUGCUUAAGUCGUAUGGACGCAGACUUCACGACAAAAUAUGACGAAUUCGACAAAGUCCAACUAGCUGAAAGGUUCGACAUGGACUCGCUGGAAGGUUAUAAGGCAGAGAAAUAUCAAUUCCCCCUCGACACCGGUCUAAUUGCAGAGUAUCAAAAGAAAGAUAAAACUCCAAUGCGACAUUUACAAAACCAUCCAGAAUACUUUUCCAAAGAGGUGCAUGGCACCGAAAUAAUCUUAUUCCACAAAAACAUUUAUGUUCCUAAGCCACUACAACAGCAUGUUCUACAGUGGUAUCAUGACAUGUUACAGCAACAUGGCGUUACAUGA